AGACACUUGCUCUCCUCACCCAAGAGCUGGACUUGGUGAAAUCUCUCAGUUCCACAUUGUCAUCUUUUAAGAGUGAUGCAUCUGGGAUGGAACACUCUAAAAGAGAAAAUAAUAUGUCAGUGGACCCAAAUGUGUGGCCCACCAUCACUCCUACAGAGAGUAGUAAAGGGACUCCCCGACAGGCAAACUCCCUAAAAUAAGAAAGUCAACCUUCCAAGUCUGUCUAAGCAAUGUACACCAAUGUCUAAGCAAGCAAAGUAUAGCAGGUCUGCUAUUCCUGGCUCUGGUAAAAAGCCUAAGACUGAAACAAGCAAGGUAACAACUGAACAAAGUGAAGGAUUUAAAGAUUACGAUGAAAAGCCUGUUAAAUCUGCCUUUGAUCCAGCAGGAUAUGACAAGGAAUUAGUAGAGGCAUUGGAGAGAGAUAUUUUGCAGAAAAAUCCGAACGUUAAGUGGGAUGACAUUGCAGGACUCAAUGAAGCAAAAAGGCUGCUGGAAGAAGCUGUUGUUCUGCCCUUGUGGAUGCCAGACUAUUUUAAGGGCAUCAGAAGACCUUGGAAGGGUGUAUUGAUGGUUGGACCUCCAGGCACUGGGAAAACCCUUUUAGCAAAGGCCGUUGCCACCGAAUGUGGCACCACAUUUUUUAAUGUGUCUUCCUCUACACUUACCUCAAAAUAUCGCGGUGAAUCAGAAAAAUUGGUUAGGAUUCUCUUUGAAAUGGCUCGACAUUACUCUCCAAGUACGAUAUUCAUUGAUGAGAUUGAUUGUUUAGGCAGUAGAAGAGGAAGUGAGAGUGAACACGAAUCCAGCCGUCGAGUGAAAUCUGAGUUACUGAUUCAGAUGGAUGGUGUGGGAGCAGAGAGUGAGAGCUCAUCAAAACUAGUUAUAGUACUUGCUGCUACAAACCAUCCUUGGGAUAUCGAUGAAGCACUUCGAAGACGGCUGGAGAAGAGGAUAUAUAUUCCUUUACCUGAUGUGAAAGGGCGUUUGGCACUCCUAAGAAUCAAUCUUAAGGAUGUCACGCAGUCAGAUGAUUGUGAUUUGGAUGAAAUUGCUGAAAUGACUGAGGGAUAUAGUGGUGCUGAUAUAACAAAUGUCUGCAGGUAAAAGAUUGUAUGAAUAAUAAUUUCUCUCCAAGUUUUAGACUGCUUCUACAUGUCUGUGUUUAGAAUUGCUACGGGUGUUUCUGACCACUUAAUUUCACAAUGCAUGACUAGUUUUCUUUCAUGUCAAACAAAAUUUUAAGACUUCGUUUAAUUGCCCUUGUAAUAUAAUGAGUACUGCACCCAUACAUUUUUGUGGGGCUUAUGCACUGCCCAUGCACAAAGUAGCUCUAUAAACACUUGUGAAGCGGUUUAAAGGGUUUGCCAACACCAGAAGUAGGUGUUAUAAUGCUUCAUAGAGUCUUUGUGCAACAUACAGAAUACACGUUUGUGCAUUGCAAGCACAGUAAUCUACAUGUAAAUAUUUUCCAUUCUGUAAUGUAAAGUCAUAAACAUGCAACACUAACACAAAGCCUCCAAAUUACCAUGCCAUCAAACAAACCUUGAGUCUCAUAGCAUCAUAAUAAUAGAAUUGAGAGUUUCUGUCGUAGCACGCUUAUUCAACAAGAUUCGUUGUUUCAUCCCAAGGACCUUCAUCAGCCUUCAAUAAAACGUGCACAGAAACACCUUAUCCUAGUUUACCCUGUGGUCUUCAUCCAAUGUUGGUUUCUUCCAUAUGUCUCUGCUUCGAGUUUCCCUUUAUUUCACCAAGAUGUACCUCCCAAUCAAGGAAAAGGACUUCAUUUACCACACGUUUAUUUAGUUUUACGGUCU